AUGGCAAACUCGAGAUUGCUUCGCAAUCACAUCUUCAUAGCUGCACAACAACCUAAUUUUGUGAAUUUAAAGACACAUCAACCUCUUUCAUGGACAUGUACUAAUCCAAAUCCAUCAGAAGUUGCACAAAGUUUGAAAGGGCUUAGUCAAGCAAGACAUCUUCAAGAGGAUUUUGAAGCUAGGUCAAAAGACAAAAAACUUAAAACAGGUGGUAAACUUAUUCAUCCAAGUAGUCGAAAAGCCAAACAAAUCUCAAAAUUAGAAUGUCAUGCAGGUCGAGUUGUUAAAAAACGUCAAAAUACAAAAGCUAAAUAUAAUAAUUUACGUGAUAGAAUUCAAUGGUUUAAAGAUCAAUUAAAUGAAAAUCAAACUCAUUUAUCACAACAAGAAAUACAUGAACUUAUUCAACGAUAUCUUCAACGAUUUCAAGAUGAACUUGAACAAAUUGACUUAAAAAAUCAAAUAGGUCAACGACAAAAAACACCUCAAUACGCAUCACGUAAAGCAUUAAUUGAAACAACAAUAAAUACGGAACAACAUGAAUAUGAAACCAAUGGCAUUGAAAUACCAAACCUCACUCGAAUCGAUGCUGUUAAAGAACUUCGAAAUUGGGAUGGUAGUGUUCGAUUAAUGCCACGUCUUAAAUUAUGUUUAAUAAAACAUAAUAAUUCAACAUCAAAUAAAAAUGAUAAUAUUAAUGAAAUUGUUUCAAUUGAUAAUGAAAAUGAAUCAAUGGAUAGUGAUGUUGAAUAA